AGCAUAGCAGGAGCUGGUGGGGUAUAAAUAUGAGCCAGGGUGUGUCCAGGUGUCUUCUGAUCAUUCACCUGACACCAUGACACUGCUGGCUCUGCUGUUGAUGAUCGGAGCUGCUGCGGCAGUUCCCCGAGGAGAUGGCAGGAUAAUUGGUGGGCAGGAGUGUGAGCCUCACUCUCGUCCGUUCAUGGCCUCCCUCAACUAUGGUUACCACUUCUGUGGUGGGGUGCUCAUCAACAAGCAGUGGGUGCUCUCUGUUGCCCACUGUUGGUACAAUCCCUAUGCCAUGCAGAUCAUGCUGGGAGAACACAAUGUGCGAGUGUUUGAAGGUACAGAGCAGCUCAUGAAAACCGACAACAUCAUCUGGCACCCUAGUUAUGACUACCAGACUCUGGAUUUUGACAUCAUGCUGAUCAAGCUCUUCCACCCAGUGGAGGUGACCGAGGCAGUCGCACCCAUCCCAUUACCCACAGCCUGCCCCGCGGCGGGGCUUCCCUGCUCUGUCUCUGGCUGGGGUAACACUGACAUGAAUGGCGAGGUGAACUUUUCCAUCCGUCUGCAGUGUUUGGACGUGCCCAUACUGGACCAGAAGGACUGUGAGAAUGCCUAUCCUGGCAUGAUCUCACCCAGGAUGGUGUGUGCUGGAUACAUGGAUGGAGGCAGAGAUGCAUGCAAUGGUGACUCCGGCAGCCCUCUGGUGUGUGCGGGGGAGGUCCAGGGCCUGGUGUCAUGGGGUCAGGGAUGUGCCCUGCCUAACUACCCCGGAGUCUAUGUCAAAUUGUGUGAGUUCCUCUCAUGGAUUGAAGACACCAUGGCAGCCAACCCCUGAAGAAAUAAAUAAUAAUAAUAAUAAAUUUCUUCACUUU